GUGCCUCUUAAGUGUGUGUGAAGUCGAGCAGUCGCUCGCAGACCCAGCAUUUGGUUGGUUCUGACAAUAGGCUGGAUUUUGCAGGUUCAGGUUUCUGUUUCAUUUCUGUAGCUUCUUUGGAGGUUCUAUACUGAAACCUUCCACAGAAGACGUCUGUUAUCAGUGAGAAUUUGGUUGUUUUGAGGUCAGAUGAUAUCUACCAUGAGGCUGUAACAGAAGCUAAUCCUGAGUUUGGGUUAGAUUGAUGCCGUGAUGGCCACUGCUAAGAAAGCGUUGUCUAAGACAGGGGGUGUUCGCUUCGCUGAGGAACCUGCUGUGGCCGCUGCUGCUCACUCUCAUGUGCAUUUUGACGAGAAACUGCACGACUCUGUCGUCAUGGUGAUACCUGAAUCAAACGGGAACUUCCUGGUUAAGGUGGGCUUCCUGAAAACGCAGCACCGAUAUGAGAUUGUGUUCACACUGCCAGAGAUGCCAGAGCUCGGCAAAGACGUUUGUCCAGCCCCCAUCCCCAACCCACACCUGCGGAUCACUGAUAUAACCGCAUCCUCAGAGGGAGGUCUGAGGGUGACGUGUGAAUAUAUGGCCCAUCAGGAGGGAGUGAUGUGUGAGGAGGUGCAGAUUCUUAGUGAAAGCAAAGAAGACGCAUCUGUGAAGGUCAAAGUUCACGCCCGUGUCAUGGACCGUCACCACGGGACUCCGAUGUUGCUGGAAGGUGUGCGGUGCAUAGGAGCAGAACUCGAGUACGACUCUGAGCAAAGCGACUGGCAAGGCUUUGACUAAAUGGCUGAAUCAACAGACUUUCCUCUCAGUGCCAGACAUCGUGUGUCGGCAGCGACAGAAUGUUCCAGAUUCUACCGUCGCAGCGUUCGGAAACACACUGUGGUUACUGCCUUGUUUGUACUUUUACAAUGGAAUGCAGAAAUGAUCUGUUGUUUACUGAAGAUCUCUGUGAUUUGUCGUUUUUCAGGUUUGGAAAAGAAACAAUCAAAUAUUGUGUUUUGCUCUAACUGAAUUCCAGUAUUAUGAUUGAAUGUUUCUUUUAUAUAAAUCAAAUGUAAUAUGCUCUUAUGUCUGUGUUACUGCACUUUCUUGCUCCAAUCUGUGUGAUUCAAACGAUUUUAAACUAAAUCUAGAGUGAUGCUUGUGCUCACUGUGAAUAAGCCCUGUUUGUACCAGUAGGGGGCGAGGCUGACCACAAAAUCUAACUUAUAUGUUGCACCAUGAACUUUGUCGCCAUCGUGGCUUAAAAAUGUGAAUGUUUUGAUUCAUCUACUGAAAUUGAUUUGAUAAUUAUUUACUCAGAUCAAAAUUUAUUUUAGCUCCACCAAAUGUCGGAGAGUUUGUUUGCCCUGAUGGAUUUUUAAUAAGAUCAUCACUUUAAGGGCUUUUCAAUCAUUUCUAUGUGUAAUAUUGGUCUAUUUUGUAGAGCCGAAGUGCCUGUAAUCAUGUUCUUAGUUUAUUUGAUUGAUGCCAGUAUGUAAUAUGAGCCAUUAAACACUGAAUGUUUGCAACCUUAUUUGAGUGUAAUAUUGUAGGAGCUCUUAAAGGGACAUGGUGGUGGAAAAAAAUAAGACAAGUCAAGACAAAUAAUAAGUCAAUGUUUUUGUGUUCUUUCGCACAUGUUUUGCGUUUCCCCCGACAAACUUUAAGUUCGUUCGCAAAACGUUUGUUCACGGAGGAACGCAAAAAUUUUGCGAGCGAUCGCAACGUUUUUUGGAACGCAAAACAGUUAUGAGAGAACGCAAAAGCACUGACAAAUAUAUUUUUCUCCCGUAUCAUAUUUUUUUCCUUCACCAUGCCCCUUUAGGGGCUCCGUAGUAUUGCAUGUCCAUUGAACUGCAUUAUGGAUCUCUGUAAAAGUUCAUGUCUUUUCAAACUGCGUCAAAACCCAAAAAAUCUUUACAGUAAAAAAAGAAAGAACUCUCCCAGAGCAAAUAAUAAUGUCGGUCUUUACUGUUGAGGGCUUUUUUAUGUGUCUUACUGUCAUUUUAUUUACUCUCAAACAAAUAAAAUUCACUUGUUGACUUGAAA